AUGGGAGAGCAACUGUUAAACAGCAGCAUCCUUGAUCGAUUUAUUAAUAGCCAUGAGCAGUCGUAUGAAGAGUUUCUAAAUACAUUCACUUAUCUUUUGAAAGAGGGAGAGGGGAAGACAAUUCAAGGAAGUAAAGCGGACUCCUUAAGGAAAACAGCUUCUCCUUCUGAAUUACCAAACAGAAAUAAACAGGAUGGCUCACCUGGAAAAUGCGAAGAAAUGUGGGGGUCUCUUCCACAGCAGAUGCCAAGUGAGAAGGAGACAAGGAUGAAUGAAAGCUGGGCAGCUGGUGGCUCUGGUGGAAACGAUCUCAGUCUGUCUGAAAGAGUGAAGGUGGACAAGUACUUAGAUUUGGAAGAUAUAGACACAGAUGAAGAGAUACGCAGUGCAGAGUCAUUAGUGCUCCCAGGAGAGGUGGAACAGACAGUGACUCACUGCACACCCGUUUUUGAUAAGCCUGUUCAACUGAAAUUGAGAACCUUGCCAGUUCCACAGCCGUCGGACAGCAAAGCUCAAGAGCUACUGGGGGACGAUGUUCAACCAUUCUCACUUGAUGAAGAAUUUGAUUACGACAAUGUGGCACUGACCCCUAAGUUCUCCGAAGCUGAGCUGAAGGCCCUUUUGGAGUUGUCUGAAGAGAAGGAAACAGGAACAGAUGUCAAGUCAGCAUGA